UAGUUAGGUGAUAUUUUUCACUGGGCUUAUUUGACAAUUGGCACGCGGCUUCGGGGAAAAAUGCUAGGCGGCAGAAAAUACUGCAAUUGGACGCUGUUUUAAGCAUAGUUAAUUUUCCGGUGUAUGUUCAAUCGAAACUUACCCGCAGCGGUGUGAAGUGUUUAUCGUAAGGAAAAUAGAAACUAGAAUAUAGCGCGUGGUGCGGAAUAAGUUGUAAUAGCAAACUGUACGAAAUAGAGCUUCGUUGAAAAGGCGAAGAAUUGCGGCAGUUUCCGUAUGAAAUUCGAUGCUGUCUGCUUGAGGUGAUGGUUUUGCCAACGUAUUAAUAAGAAGCAUUGUGUGCUUGGCUUAACAGGCCGCUAAAUAUGGCGGACGGGAGACGAGAUCCACCGCCGUAUGGGCGGGAUCGAGUACGCGGUUCGAUAGGAUCUAACUCACCGUACGAGGCUGGUCGUGGUGGUGGUCAUCCGCCCUCCCGAGGAGGUUAUCCACCCCAGGGGGCAACAUAUCAUACGCAAGAGCGGCGCCCGGCAUGGCGCAAUCCAUCUCCCGGUCCAAGCGAUGGGCCACCGGGACCAAGCACUUCCGCUGCUGUAUCAACGCCGGCAUUCAGUACAAACGUUCACGAACCACCACCCCAACCAGCGGCAAGUACCAGUGGUUUGCCAUUGAGCCGCCAACAUCGACCAAGCGGCCGGGGACGCCGUCCGCUAGCAGAUACACUGCGUACCCGUGGACCCGAUGCACCUUCCAAACAUGGCACCACCGGACAGCCGUUGUUGCUACAAUCGAACUACUUCAAGCUGCUGAAGCGCGUCGAAUGGACACUGUACCACUAUCAGGUAGAAUUUGUCCCCCCGUGUCCCAGUCCACGGCUGACGCAGUCGCUCGUUAACGAACACAAAAAGCUUCUGGGCGGCUUUGUGUUUGACGGCAUUCAACUCUUUACUGCCUGUAAAUUGUCCAGCGAUGAGCUAGUGUUGCACUCGCAGCACGACCGCACCGGGGAUAAGUACGAACUGCACAUUCAACGUGUCGCCGUCGUGGACAUGACGGACGAAACUGGCCUCCAAGUGUUGAAUCUAAUCCUUCGUCGCGCCAUGAAUGGGUUGAAUCUGCAGCUGGUCGGUCGCAAUCUAUAUGAUGCGGCUGCCAAGAUUCCGAUCCGUGAGUACCACAUCGAACUAUGGCCCGGCUAUAUGACAAGCAUCCGGCAGCACGAAAACGACGUGCUGGUGUGUUGCGAAAUUGCUCACAAAACGAUGCGCAUGCAAACGUGUUACGAUAUUUUGCGCGAAUGUCAGCGGCAUGAUCGUAACUUCAAGGAUGCGUUUAGACGGGCCGUCCUCGGAUGCGUGGUGCUGACCGGUUACAACAACAAAACGUACACCAUCCACGAUGUGACGUUCGAAACGACACCGGAAAGCACGUUCGAUACGAAAAAUGGCAAGAUUUCGUUCCUGGAUUACUAUAAAAACAAAUACAAUCUGCGCAUUCGUGACGCAUACCAGCCUAUGUUGCUUUCACGCGCGAAAAAGAAGGACACACGAUCGGGCGACAGCGAACUGAUGGCACUCGUUCCAGAGCUUUGCCAAAUGACUGGUCUUACGGAUUCCAUGCGUUCGGAUUUCAAAAUGAUGCGAGCGAUGGCAGACCACACGCGUUUGAAUCCGGAUCGACGUAUCGAGCGCUUGGAAACGUUCAAUCGACGCCUGCAAACCUCACCCGAAAGCCAGGAAGUGUUGAAAGUUUGGCAGAUGGAACUCGACCGUCGUCUCGUCGAGCUACCCGGACGAUUGCUUCCACAAGAGAUGAUAUUCUUUUCCACUACCUCAAAUGGUGUACAGGCAGGCGAGAACGCCGACUGGACAGCACACUUCCGCGACAAUCCAAUGUUUGCGACGGUGCGGCUGAGUCGCUGGUAUCUUGUUGUGCCUGGCCGGUGUCAGCGUGAAGCGGCCGAUUUCCUAAACUGCAUGAUUACGGCAGCGCGUGGCAUGCGGUUCGAAAUCAGCAACUGCGAAAUGGUCCCGAUGCCAGACGACAAUCCGGGCACGUACAUACGCACAUUAGACGCCAUCAUUAACAAAGACCCGCAGAUGAUCAUGUGCGUUGUGUCGAACAACAAAUCCGACCGGUACACCGCCAUCAAGAAGAAGUGUUGCGUUGAUCGUGCAAUCCCGACGCAGGUGAUGGUGCAGAAGACGAUCACGCCAAAGAGUGGCAACGUGCGCACGUUAAUGUCCGUUGCCACGAAGGUGGUCAUACAGAUGAACUGCAAGCUGGGCGGCGUACCGUGGAAGGUGAAGAUUCCGCUGAACGGUUUGAUGACGAUCGGGUUCGACGUGUGCCACGAUUCGAAGGAUAAAAGCAAAUCGUUCGGUGCGAUGGUGGCGACACUCGAUCACGAUAACCGCGGUACGCCCAAGUUCUUCUCCACCGUAAGCCACCAUUCGAAUGGGGAGGAAAUAUCCAACUACUUGCCAUUGAACACGGUCAAAGCGCUGAACGAGUAUCGGCGUGAGUUUGGUGAGUUACCGAAGCGUAUUAUCUUCUACCGUGAUGGUGUUAGCGAUGGGCAGCUGCAGUACAUCUACGAUCACGAGGUACGCUCGCUGGUAGAGAAGCUAGGCCAAAUAUACAAAUCGGCCGGCAUCGAGCAGGAGGUGCUGCUGACAUUCUUCAUCGUUAACAAGCGCAUCAACACGCGAUUCUUUGACCAUCGGCUUAAUCCACGCCCUGGUACGGUGGUCGACAAUGUGGUGACGCUUCCUCAACGUACCGAUUUCUACCUCGUGUCACAGUCGGUAAAACAAGGCACCGUUUCGCCUACUGCGUACAACGUCAUCUACGACACGUCCGGGUUGAAGAUUGACCAUCUGCAGAUGCUGUCGUACAAACAGUGCCACCUCUACUAUAAUUGGUCCGGUACAACCCGCGUACCGGCCGUGUGCCAGUACGCGCACAAACUUUCUUUUCUAGUAGGCCAAUACCUGCACCAGUCGCCUAGCAAUAUGCUUGAAAAAAAAUUAUACUUCCUGUAGCGAGAAGGUCAUUUUCUCAUCCAAAUGCGAAUGGAUGGUUUCUUUCUUUUGCUUUCCAUUUUUACCUUUGUCAUCAACACAUUCAACCUGCAAAUUACUUUUUGUAUGCGAAGAAAUAGCGCAUACUAGUAUGAACUCAUGCAAAAUGGUAUAUUAAUUUGCGUUAACGAACGUAUUUUGCUAUUUUUUUUUACAUGUCGAAAACAAAUCUUAUUGCAAUGGAACUAUUAUGUUAAGAAUCAAAAAUGUGUAGCACAUGUACAGAAGAAAUGUUGUGAGACAGCUCGAUAGAAUAAAAUCGAAUAACGAAGAAAGAUAGUUAGAAUUAGUUUCUUUGCUCAACGACCCUGUCCCCGCGAGAAGGGGAAAUGGGAAAAGGACACUAGAAGCAAUCGUGCAAAAUGAGAAAUACUCUUAAGAGAGAUGUAUUAACGAAUUACGAUAUAUUUUUUUUCGCUUCUUGAAUUGUUUUCUUACCUUUAUUUUUUGUUUUCCUUUAUCGUUUAACAAUUGCUUUUUAUUGGCGCAAAAUGUAGUGUAUAUUUUCCUAAAUUGUUGCAAACUCUUUCUUUCUAAUGCUACUGAUGGACAGCUAAUAGGCCAACCUACCAUUUAAUAGAAGCAACUCUUUUAUAUCAGGUGUACGGGGUGCCGGGUGCAUAAUGUCCCCGAUUAACGAGUACUGUAAAACAAAAUUUCGAACAAUGAAGAAACCCUGCUGGAACUGAAAAUCAAA